UUUAAUCAUUAAAAUGUUUUGCAAAAUGCUGGAAUCGAAUAAAACUUGAAAGUUGACUAUCUCAAACAAACUUUAACCCCGCUACUCCUACACGUCAGAAUACUCAGAAUGUCAAUGAAAUCAAUUUCUAUCAACCAGCUUCAAAAAAUAAAAGCUUGAAAUAUUCAAGGUCCUGUGUUUGAACCAAAAUUUGAAUAUAGGUUUAUUUAGAAGGACAAGCGCAAUGAGUAGUACCGUGGCCAAUUUAUGCAAAAUUAUGCUAUUUGUUUUAGUAUUGAUGAGUAUAAUUUCUCAUGUAGUUAUUGCAAGCACUGCACCUACAAAAUUGCAAAUUGGAGUGAAAAAAAGACCUUCAGAAUGCCCCAUCAAAAGCAGAAAAGGUGAUCUACUGCAUAUGCACUAUACGGGCACUUUAGAUGAUGGUACAGAAUUUGACAGCUCUAUUCCUAGGGGCAACCCUCUAACCUUCACAUUGGGAUCCGGUCAGGUCAUUAAAGGGUGGGACCAGGGCCUCAUGGGCAUGUGUGAGGGAGAACAGCGAAAGUUGGUUAUUCCCCCCGAGCUAGCAUAUGGAGAAGCCGGAGCACCGCCUAAAAUACCUAAGUCUGCAACACUCACAUUCCAUGUUGAUCUCGUAAAGAUUGAAAGAAAAGAUGAAUUGUAAAUGCAAUCUCUGUCUGUGUUAUAUAGUGUAUGUAACUAAGUAGUUAUCAUUUAUUUGUACUGAUUAAGUGUACCUAUUUAUUUUCUCGCGUAUACAUGUGAUCAAUGAUAUAUUUGAUUAUUGUGAACAUUUUGGACAGAUAAAUAAACUUUGCUUUAAA